GAGCCUCUGCGCUACGUCAACCCACCACCAACAGAACCUCUUCAACAGCUCUCCAAAGGGAAAAUCGCACGCGUCACGAGGGCAAUUGGGCUCGCGCACGCUAUGAAACGUUGUAUCUAAGCUUCAUUCGACCCUCACUCUCGGAUUGGUCGUCUCUGAUACAUCAAGAACCCGGCAAAUUACCGCAUCUCGGUCAACCGGGCAAAGCUCUACAUCAUGGGCUUCACCACUGGUUUUACUGGCGGCGUCACUCUCACUCUCUCCCUCGCCUACCUCUCUGUGCUUGCUCACCAGCGCACCCGCGAGCAACAAGGCUCUGCCCUUCGCGCACAAGCUCUCGCUAUCCAAGGGUUGAUCGAUCCUCUUCCACCACUACCUCCGCCCACAAGGUCUGAAGUCGCCGCUGCUCAGAGGGCUCGGACCGUUGAGAUUGCCAAGGAUCGAUGGAACACCGAAGUUGAAAACGCCGUGCGAUGGGUGCAGCACACUGACUGGGUUCAAGUGCGCGAAGGCCUCGAAGAUACUGCAUCACGGCUAUGGGCCCGAGCCUUUGGCGCUAGACCCUCGGAAGCUGUUGGCGAGGCUGGGCGAAAGGUUACGGAGACUGAGCAACAGGCCAAGCCCAUCAUAAAACAGGGGGCUGCUAAGCUUGGUGAUGCUAGUGGAAAGGUAGCGGCAGCGGCCAAAGGCGCUUUCCAGAAGGCCAAGGCUGAGAGCAAGGACUUCGCCAGUGUUGUUCUGGAUCACAGCAAGGAUAAGGAGAAUGUCGAUAUCGCUCAAGAGGACGGUACUCUUUCAGCACUGACUCCCGUGGAGAGGGCGCUUCAGCAACGAUUCAGCAAACCUGAGGACAAGGUGAACAAGACAGUGGAAGAGGCGCUGAAUGACAGAUACAAGCCCAUGGACGCGAGAGAUAACACCCAAUUGAGAGGGGUCUAAAGGAAAGUCGUUGAACAAAAGGUGGGCUGGUUGACGAUGAGUGGGUGAACGGUGUGAAUAUUUGUUGUACAUUGCUAUCUGUACCACCAUUUCUUAGAGUCACCCGAAUAGAAACCAAGCUUGGCAACGCUUGGUAUGAUAAACUGA